ACCGCGAGGAUUCGCGUAGUUAAACUUGAGCUGUCAUGAAUUGAGUAUUUAUUCCGUUCACCUUGCAGUUUGGAGGAUGGCUCCACCUCGGAAAAGAGUGACUGGCGAUCGAAAGAAGAAUGUUAAUAAUUCUACCACGAAUGAAACAACAAAGACAUCAAGUGAGUCAUCAAAUUUUUCUACAGUCAAGUGGAUUGCUUUUGUAAGCAUCAUCUUCGUCUUGGUAUUACUUGUUGCGGUGUAUAUAUUUAGAACAAAUCAAGGGGAUUCAAAUUUAAAUCAGAACUCAAGGCAAAUUUUUGAAACAGAGAAAGGAUCAUUUGAGAAGACGGAAAAGAAAAAUAAGAAAACAAAACCAUCAGAUUCAAAGGCAGCCAUAACGAACAGCUAUGAUAAAUCCAUCACCAAAGAGUUAGACAAGGCGCAGAGUAUUUUAGACAAGGAUCAGAUCGCAGAUGCCUUACAAAGGUUUGAAGCUCUGACUAAGAAAUAUCCAAAGAGUCCAAGGGCUAUGUAUGGGAAAGCACAGUCCUUAGAUAAACUUGCAGAACAAAGGCAAAGUAAUAAUAUUCUUCUAGAAAGCAUAGAAACUUAUCGGAAAGCAGCAGACACGCCGAACUGCCCCACGGAACUGAAACGCAGAGCAGUGCGACGUCAGGCUGAAAGGCUCAGUUUCCUAGGCAGGUCUGGUCAAGCGGCAAAUGUUUUAAGGAGACUGUUGGAUGAGUUACCAGGUGAUAUCGAGGUCAUGAAUGAAUUGGGCGUGCAGUAUUUGAUGACAGGAAAGAACAGGGAUGCAGAGAAUAUCUAUAACCAGGUGAUAAACAUGGACCCAAGAAAUGGUUUUGCCCAGUCACACUUGGGUUUUAUUCUCAAAACUGAUCACUUGCGGUAUAUUGAAGCUAUUCCUCUGCUGCGUAAUGGAAUCUCAAGCGGUGAUGCUGGUGCUGAUGAUGGCAGAUUUUAUUUUCAUCUUGGAGAUGCUUUUACUUGAAUUGGAAAACCAGAUGAGGCUUACAAAGUAUAUGAGGAGGCUGCAGGAAAAGGAAUAUUCCUGUCUGCUUUGCAACGUUCCUUGUACAAUGCAGAUACACCCCUGACUGCACGACCUUGGUGGACACCAGAGGAAACUGGAUAUGAGAGAGCCAUUCGGAAACUGGAAGCUAACUGGGAAGUCAUCAAAGAUGAAGGAAUUUCAUUGCUUGACAAAAAGUCAGGAGGGUUUAUACCAGAAGAAGAAAAUCUCAGAGAACAAGGAGACUGGAAACAAUUCACUCUGUACCAGCGUGGCCGAAAGAAUGCAGCAGCUUGUCAAAAAACGCCACAGACUUGUGCUAUCAUUGAUACCAUCAAAGAUGCCACCAGCUGUAAGAGAGGACAGAUCAAGUAUUCCGUGAUGCUUCCUGGCACCCAUGUUUGGCCGCACACUGGCCCCACAAACUGCAGACUGCGCCUUCAUCUUGGACUUGUUAUUCCCAAUAAUGUAGCUAUUAGAGUUGGACGGGAAACAAGAACUUGGGAAGAAGGCAAAGCAUUAAUCAUCGAUGACUCGUUUGACCACGAAGUUUGGCACAAUGGUUCAACUUUCCGACUUAUUCUUAUUGUAGACUUUUGGCAUCCUGACUUAACACCUCGACAAAGAAAUUCAUUAUCACCCAUUUGAACACCACUCUUAAUUGUUCUAAACCCUUUACCUCCCACAAGUGACCAAGACAGAAUUUCUCCAUAAAAUAUCAAGGGAUGAGAAUAUAGAAAAAAAAAUCAAGUAGGGGAUUAUGAGUUGAUUCAAUUCUAACUUCUCCAAAACUAAUAUCAUAAGAAUUGUGUAACAAACAGUAAUGAGAAUUAGUAAUGAGACCUUGAGAGCGAGGGGGUUAAAUGCUAAACGUGUUACAUCUCCCAACAGUGUUGAUUCAUUAUCUUCCCUGUUUCAUGCAUUCAGUUAGUAAAAUGGUGGUAGUACACAGUGUUAUGCCUUGAACUCUCACGAGUGACCAAGACAGAAUUUUCUAUAACCGCAGUUCAUAAUAUAUGAACUUCAUACAUUCAUCAUAUCUAAUUUAUAAUCACGGGUUUAUUACGAAUCAACUUAACGGCUUGCUCCCAGUUGGCUUUUUAGCUCAAUUGGUAGA